AUGGCGGCCAACUCCGCGGCAGAGAAGGCGCGGGCCCUGGAGCAGUGCGAGAGAGAUCUGGACGUGGCGAUCGAGCGCCUGGUCAACCUGCGGUUAGAUGCCGCCGAACAUGGUGCGCAUCAUGAUGACGUCCACCCCGCCACCGCCGCCGAAGAAGAAGAAGAAGAAGAGCAGCAUGUUGAUCCGUCAGACGGCAGCGACGACGACCGCACGGACCAGUGGAUCGAGAGACUCAUGGAAGCGAUGGCGAGCGCCGAGAACUGGGGCGACGCCAGGGCCCGCGCCGCCAGGCUCCUGGAGGACUUCGACGCCUCCGUGGCCACCGCCUGCCGCGCGGAGCGAGACGUGGCGCUGAUGCAGAAGGGCCACCUGAAGAAGGUGGUCCGGGCGCAGUACUGGCUGAUAAAUGAGAAGGCGGCGGCGAACCGGGAGCUCCAGCGGCAGCUCGCCGGGUGCCAGGAGCGCGUCAGGAGCCUGGAGACGGAUAACUACGCGCUGUCCAUGUACCUCCGGAACGCGCAGCCGCAACCGCAGGGGGGCUCCAUCACCGGGCCGUUCCACCCGGAGGUCUUCUGA